AUGAAUAAAACCCAGGAAAUCGUUGAUAAAGAACUUUUAGAUAUUGAUUCGAAUAUAGCGUGUAAAAUGCAACCGAAUGGAUAUGAUUGUUCCGGGAAGGUGAUUUACUUCAGAUUUUAUUACGACAUACUCCUGGAAGAUUGUAAAUCAGCAUACAUUGGACAAUGUCCUCAUCAGUAUAAUACCUACAGCAAUCUACGCAACUGUUACGAAGCUUGCAGAGAUUCCACAAGGAAAGAGAUCAAAGGAAUCAUAUCACCGAAGGUAUACUGCAGAUUACAACCAGACUUUGGUCGUUGCAACAGCUAUCAUCCUAUGUGGUUCUUCGAUUUAUCUACUCGCACCUGUAAAGGUUUCUCGUACAGCGGCUGCGGAGGGAACGUAAACCGAUUCGAUACACACCAGGAUUGUGUUGCAGCUUGUAGUGAUCUUAUCGUCUAG